CGCGCGCGCAACGCUAUCGUUCGGAACGUUCGAAAUCGUAAAGAAGUGAAGAAGAAAUAAUAAUAAUCGCAACGACUACAUCAUCAUGACCGGUCGCGGUAAAGGAGGAAAGGGUCUGGGAAAAGGUGGAGCCAAGCGACACAGGAAAGUACUCCGUGAUAACAUCCAGGGUAUCACCAAACCGGCCAUACGUCGUCUGGCACGCAGAGGCGGCGUCAAACGUAUCUCCGGUCUGAUAUACGAAGAGACCAGAGGCGUUCUCAAAGUAUUCCUAGAGAACGUCAUCCGCGACGCCGUCACUUACACCGAGCACGCGAAGAGGAAGACCGUCACAGCCAUGGACGUCGUGUACGCCCUGAAGCGACAGGGACGCACCCUACCGACGGCAUCGCACUGUCUCUCCGGAAGGCAAAGUAUGGCUCGUACUAAACAAACCGCUCGUAAAUCAACCGGUGGUAAGGCACCACGUAAACAGCUAGCCACGAAGGCCGCCCGUAAGAGCGCACCGGCAACCGGAGGAGUGAAGAAGCCUCAUCGUUACAGACCCGGUACUGUGGCACUUCGUGAGAUCCGUCGCUACCAGAAGAGCACGGAACUUCUCAUCCGCAAGCUACCCUUCCAACGUCUAGUACGUGAGAUAGCUCAAGAUUUCAAGACCGAUCUGCGUUUCCAGAGCUCUGCGGUGAUGGCUCUGCAGGAGGCUAGCGAGGCGUAUCUCGUAGGUCUCUUCGAAGACACGAACCUUUGCGCUUACAUCAUCAUGACCGGUCGCGGUAAAGGAGGAAAGGGUCUGGGAAAAGGUGGAGCCAAGCGACACAGGAAAGUACUCCGUGAUAACAUCCAGGGUAUCACCAAACCGGCCAUACGUCGUCUGGCACGCAGAGGCGGCGAACGUAUCUCCGGUCUGAUAUACGAAGAGACCAGAGGCGUUCUCAAAGUAUUCCUAGAGAACGUCAUCCGCGACGCCGUCACGUACACCGAGCACGCGAAGAGGAAGACCGUCACAGCCAUGGACGUCGUGUACGCCCUGAAGCGACAGGGACGCACCCUAUACGGUUUCGGCGGUUAAA